CUUGGUUAAAGUUUUAGUUAUUUACGUAGAGGUAUUGGGAUCAGUUCACACUUUACACAUUUUUCCUUUUUGUUUUUUUUUUAGUGGUGAACUCAUGUUACUACGACUAUGCCUCAGUUCUAGUUUGUUGGGGUUAGUUGUAUGAAUCCUCAUAAUUCGAGACACGCUUAAGAUAGUUUCCUAUGUUAAUUUUGUUUUGUUUCAGCUACUUUAUUUCCUAGUUUCCUUUGGUUAUUCUCUAGAACAUCUAGUUAUCAACUUACUCUUCAUAUCCAGAUAAGAGCUUGAAUAGUGAAUGGUUGUCUUGUGCUAUAUCUUUGUUCUCGUUACUACUAGCAGCCGAUCCUAUUUCUUAAAUGACUUUUCUUAUAGCUACAUAGGUUUGAUUCUGUAAAAUUUGGCCCGUUUUCUUAUUGAACGAAACUACGAAAGGCACGAAACAAGUAAAAUUGGUAUAUAUAAUUCAUGUUUAUACAGUAGUAAUUUGUUUCCUCGAUAAGGUAUGGUUAUUAUUAAAACAACACCUACAAUACAAAAGCAAAAACUCAAAAUCUUACUGCACAUGCAAGGAGUUGAGGAAUUCUAUCAGAGUAACAACUUCAUAUACAUUUUACAUCCGCCACUGAGUAACAACUUCAUAUACAUUUUUCAUCUCGCCAGUGGCGGAUGUAGCAUGAUAGAAUUGAACCCCUAACUUUUGACGCGGAGCAUAAAUUUAUGUGUAAAAACUUAAAAUUGCAAUAUAUAGUAGAUUUGAACUCAUAACUUUUAAAACAAAACGGGUUCAAACUAAGAAUCUUAAAAGGUUGAACCCAUAGAGCUUAAUCCUGGAUCCGCCUCUGCAUCUUGCACCAUUAAAUAUGCAUUUCUAUUUGAUGUUCCACGAGCUUUCAUUUCUUCCUUCAAAAAUCCUUUGGUUUCUUGCCUUAUAAGUUACUUAGUUGUGGGGAUAGUAUUCCAAAGUAUUUCAUGUCUCUGUUUAGAUCUUUCUUGUACCAGCAGUGAAGUAAAUUUUUUGUUCUGUCUGGCAUAUACCAUUUCAUCCCCAAAAGCAACAUAUUCCAAAUUCAUGUUCUUACUAACUUCCACGGCCUCUUUACCAAAAUGCAAGGAAAAAUCUGUUUAUGAUUAUACACCCACCACACUAGCCAGGAGCACUUCGUACAUGGAGCUUAAGGGCCUUAGCAGCUCCAACUGGCCUUUAAAGUGUUGCAGUUCUGCAUUUCUUGAGGUACAUGGCUGACAGACAUCCUGUUGAUCAACAGCAAAAUGAACCACAGAUGAAUUCUCCUGCUUCAAGGGAUGACAUGAUUGCCUAUGUGAUGGCAUUAGAAGCUGCCUUACUACCCUGUUUGCCAGCACGAGAACUCCAGGCAAUAGACCGUUCAGCACAUCCAUAUCAUCAGAUUGAUGUUGAGAGACAUGGCAGAGAUUUCAUGGAGGCUGCCAAAAAACUUCAACUUAAUUUGAUAGGGUUGCAACGUGAAGAUCUACCUACAAGGCCCGAGAUGCUUCGGAAGGAGAUAGAGAAGAUGGAAGAAGAGUUGGAAGCAAAAACUGAGCUCAUAGCUAAACAAGAGAGAUUGAUCCAAGGAUGGAAGAAGGAAAUGAAGGACCAACUAGAUAAACACAUCAUGGAGUUAGAGAGGGUGUAAACCUCUACAGGAAUGUAAACCAGUACAUAACUUUUCUUGUUUUAUUUGUGAUUCAAUUCAAUUUGAAUACUGAGUUGGAAUGACGAGUCCUUAUAUUGAGGAGAACAGGGAAUAAAAUUUGUUAACACCUAACAUUACUAGAUAGAGUUUUGGAUAUCAAGGUUG